AUAUAAAAUUGAGAAUAAGGAAAAUCCCAACAAUUCUGUCACAAUGAAAUGCGAUUUUAAUUGUAAUCAUGUGCAUUCUCAACUUAAAUUGCCAAAACCCGAUGCCAUCAAAGGCAUGGAAUCUUGCACUCCUGCACACACGGAAGACUCUUGUAAAGACUGUGUUAAAGAAUAUCAAAGAUUAUCGUAUCGAGGAUUUCAAAAUGCGAACCCAAGAAUCGUGGAACUUAAAGCCGAAGGCAGGCCGGUGAAUAACAAGGAAAAUCAUCACAAAGCAGUAAUAGAAGAGACUAGCAUUGUCUAUGAAGAAAAUGACAGACUUUUUGAAGAUAGUGGCUACUCUUCAUUCUCUCACCAGAGCAUCUUAAGUGAACAUGAAUACAGCGAUUUAUUGCUGAAAGGAAAUCUCUGUGUCAGCCCCAAACCUCGCCACUUAGAGGAGCAAGCAGAACCUGCAGAACCUACAGAACAUCUUCCAAAUAAAAAUCUGUUGCCUGUCUGUCAUUUUGAGGAAGUGGUUUGUUCUACCUUAAAAAGGAACAGCAGCAGAAACCCAAGAGUAGACUGGGAUACAGUAGAGAGGGUAGUUUCUCAUGGAAACUUCGGACUGCAGAACAUAAUCGGCCGGAAAAUGGGUCUAGACCAACUGGAUGUUCUUGGCGAGCUCUUCCAAAGGGGACUCAAACAUCUCUUAGCAAGCAUUUUAAAACAUCUGAAUGAGAUGGACUUGAUAAAUGUGGCUAAAGUCAGCACAACGUGGAAGAAGAUCUUAGAAGAUGAUCGAGAGGCAUUCCAGGUGUAUAAUAAAGCAGUAAAGAAAAUGAUUGAAAAUAACACUAAACUCUCCGCACACGCUUCAACUAGAGAAUAUAUUCUCUUGAGAACAGCACUCGCCUCGGUUCAGAAAGCCACACUUCCUAGUUCAUUCAAAAAGCCACCCCGAGCCAAAGCAUCCAGCCAGAGUAAUCAGAAUGGUUCCACUUAUAGCCGACAUGUGGAGUUUUCUGAGAUUGCCAAAACCUUGAAAAAGAAUGAGAGCCUGAGACCCUGCCAUCGUUGCGGCUCACCUGCCAAAGUUGACUCCUACCUUGACAGGGCCACGUGUAGCAGGGAAAGCUGUGGCUUUGAUUUUUGUACAAAGUGUUUAUGCAGCUACCAUAUCACCAAAGACUGUAAUACCACUAGCAAGCUCCUAAAAGCAAACUCCAAAACAGGACCACUUCCAGGUAGCAAAAAAAGUAAAAAGAAUUUACGGAGGUUGUGAUGUUUUGUGAUGCUGGGACUACUGGGCCAUGAAGUUUCACUUGGAGUGAGAGUUACACUAAGAAGCCAUCAAGUGAUCCUUGCUUUGGGUUGUUUUUUUUUAAUAGGGACAUUGAAUGUAUUUUAAUCAUUUUUUUCAAUUUUACAUAAAGGGAAAAAAAAUCAAUGUUUUAAAAUCCCCAACUGGAACAUGGCAACUUUAAAGUAUUUUGUUAUUUUAUAGGGUUGAUAGAAGAACAUUGUUGGAAAUUCCCAAUAAAAAAAGGAAGAUCCUAUAUUAUUACUUUAGGGGAAGGAUCGAUUUGUGGCAAAUGUCCAAAAACUGGGUGGUUGGGUAGGGAUAGGCUAUGAUUAAAAUCCUUGAUUAUAAGAAUGGGGUACAAAAAGUGAAGUGGUCUAGAAUUUUUAUUCAUCCAGGAAAUGGUUUUGUAAUGAUGCUCUGAAAAUUUGAUUCAAAUUUGAAUCCAAGCUGUUCUUUUUCUCAAAUAAUUUGAAUACAUAAAUAUUUGUUUUGCUUGCCCUCUUUUUUUGAGGCAGUAUUUGGCCUGUAACUUACAACUGAAUUAUGGAAUUUAAAUACCAUUUCAUCUGAGUUUAUUCUUGGGGUUUUACUGUUCCUGGUUUUUUUUUGGGUGGGUGGGCGAGAGUGAAAACCACUAUUGUAUAAACAGAAUACAAAAAAGGUUUUUAAUAUUUUUGUACAUUUGUAAAUAAGUCUAAUUAUUUUUCCAUACAUUUUUAUGUGUCUAAAAUAUAAAAGUGAAUGUCUUGUUCAAAUAAAAUUGUU